AUCCACAUUCCACCUUUAUCAAGUUAAGCUUAAUCCUGCAUCGGGGGAGGACCAGCUCGUUAUUGACUUUUAAACAGAGUUCAAGUUAAAGCUCGACUGCAGAGUCGCCAGGGGACUUGUCCUCUGGCCAUCGCAUGUGAUGCAGUCGGAGCACUGAAGUCAGGAAUUCUCCUGCAAGAUCCCCCCAAAAUGGACAAUCCCCCUGACUUGAUACCUGAUUUGGAUUGAUCAUCUCAUGUCUGCCGUCUGGCAUAUCUUCUCAAAUCUUUUGGACCCACUAAUCUCCCGUCAAACAAGCUUGAACCGCAAUGCGACGGGCCACUUUUACCUCCGCCACACGUCUAUCACUCUUUAGCGUCGCGAUCGACAAUGGCGUUCGCACGCAAAAGCUCGGCUGUUUCCAGGUCGAGGAACAACAACUCGCUUAAGACGAGAGGUGGAAAAAUUCCAGAAAUGAGGGCGAUGGUGGUCAUCCGUCGCUUUGACAUGAUCUUGGCACGCGACGCGGGUUCGCCGUGUGACGGUGUAUUUGAACCCCUCUUUGACCCAGCUAUCUACCUCUCUGGUUAAAUAUAGGCGACGGAUGCGACUGUGCGACUGAUCGUUUUGCCGCAAGAGCACACCCGACGGGUACCUGCGAGCAUUCGUACGCUUCACUAUACAUUGCGAGUACUCAUCAUGGCUCCGAUUAGCUGGUUCCCUCUUGCCCUGUUGGCUAUAGCGACGUCAUGUACUCAUGCCUCACCUGUUGGAGGGCCACUUGAAACGCGCGCUUCCAACAAUGAAGCCUUUUCUCCGCCAUACUACCCUUCCCCCAAGGGCGGCUGGGUGUCUAAUUGGGCCAAGGCGUAUGAGAAGGCGCACCGUCUCGUCAGCAACAUGACGUUAGCUGAGAAGGUCAACCUCACCACGGGCACGGGUAUCUACAUGGGCCCCUGCGCCGGGCAGACGGGUAGCGUUCCCCGUUUCGGAAUUCCGAAUAUCUGCCUGCACGAUUCGCCACUGGGUGUGCGCAACACGGACCACAAUACCGCUUUCCCUGCAGGGAUUACCGUUGGCGCGACGUUCGACAAGGAGCUCAUGUAUGAGCGUGGCGUUGGCCUUGGAGAAGAGGCACGCGGAAAGGGCGUCAAUGUUCUCCUUGGCCCAUCUGUUGGGCCGAUGGGGCGCAAGCCUCGAGGAGGUCGCAACUGGGAAGGGUUCGGAUUUGAUCCAGUGUUGCAAGGGAUCGGGGCUGCGCAAACGAUCAAGGGGAUGCAAAGCACCGGGGCUAUUGCUAGCCUUAAGCAUCUCGUGGGGAAUGAGCAGGAGAUGCACCGGAUGAGUAGUGUUGUCACACAGGGCUAUUCGUCGAAUAUCGAUGAUAGGACUUUGCACGAGUUCUAUCUUUGGCCUUUUGCCGAGGGUGUCAGGGCAGAAGUAGGGUCUAUCAUGAUUGCAUACAAUGAUGUAAAUAGAUCGGCUUGCAGUCAAAACAGCAAACUCAUUAAUGGGAUCCUCAAGGAUGAGCUAGGCUUUCAGGGCUUCGUGCUAACUGACUGGCUAGCCCAUCUUGGUGGUGUCUCAUCUGCUCUAGCCGGCUUGGAUAUGAGUAUGCCUGGAGAUGGUGCCAUACCGCUAUUUGGAGGUAGUUACUGGGGUAAUGAAUUGUCUCGCUCGGUUCUGAACGGGACAGUCCCGGUUGAACGGCUAAAUGAUAUGGUUACUCGCAUUCUGGCGGUAUGGUUCAAGAUGGGUCAAGACCAGGAUUACCCGCUCCCGAAUUUCUCCAGUAACACGGAAGACGAGAAGGGGCUUCUCUACCCGGGCGCCCUCUUUUCUCCCAGUGGUGUUGUUAACCAGUUCGUUAAUGUCCAGGCGGACCACCACGUCACUGCACGCGCAGUCGCCCGCGACGCAAUUACGCUGUUGAAGAACGAAGGCAAUAUACUCCCGCUGAGGUGGAAUGACUCGCUGAAGAUCUUCGGCACAGACGCAGGGCCAGAUCCGCAGGGACUGAACUCUUGCGCUGACAAGGCGAGUCUCGCUGUCCUUUAA